AUGAGUCCAAUAAUCGACUAUUAUAAGAGAGAGAUCGUGAACAAACUCGUUGAGAGAGACACUAGUACUGAUGGAAAUAAUAACACGGGCAUUGUUGAUGAUGAUCCAUUCUCAUCCUCGUCUUGGGCAUGGGGUAGAUGGAUUCUUUUCGUCAUAUUCGUCGUUUUUAUACUAAUUUUGGUAUUUUGUACAGCAAGAGUUAAUAGAAGGAGGCGAGUCAUGGGCCAGCAACCUAUAAGGGGGACUGCUUGGCUUACACCACCAUCAUAUAGACAAUCAGAAAGGCAAUAUAAUGGAUCACAAGAAUAUGUUGAAGAUUUUGUACCAGAGUAUACAGAGACUGCUAAUGACCAAGAUUUAGGGUAUUAUGAUGCAAGGGGUGAAUUUCAUCCUAAUAGUAAGGUAGAUUAUCUCCCCCCACCUCAACUGGGCGAGGAAACUUUGGCCGAAUCAUCAAAUUCGGUAGAAAGACCACCAAACGCUGUAGUUAGGGAUAGACCUGACACAGAUCUCGAUUUUAGAAGACCAACGACUUCAACUUUUGUGAGACCAAAUCAUCCGCCACCUAACACCGCAAAUAGCUCCCCUGGUGGUGAUGAAGAGACAGAAAUGUCUGACUUUAGAAGACCUGACUAUCCCCCUAACCAAAUGAAUACGCAUAUUAGCAACACAUCAGCUUCGACUGAUGAUACUGAUUUUGCUGGCUCGUCAAUUGAAAUCCAAGAUGUUAUUGCUGAACCAAAAAAAGUUCUACAUCGUGACUUUUAG